AUGCCCGACCCACGAUAUGUCGCCUUUGCCGCCCUCACAUCCGUCGUCCUCUUUGGCACGCUCUACUCUGUCGGGUACGACACCUACCUCGACACCUCGAACCCCCUCAUCACCGCGCAGCCGCACCACCUCCACGAAACAGACUACUUCGCGUCCAAGAAGAACCCGCUGAACGUGUACUUCACGAAGAAGCUCUGGCUCUGGAUCACUGCGACCUUCCUCUUCCACUUCUCCACCAGCCCGAGCGCGAUCCGCACCAAGGCGCGCUUCUCGCAGUACCUCAUCGCGACCGCCGUCUGGCUCGCCUUCACCAGCUGGUUCUUCGGCCCGCCCGUCUUCGACCGCCUCACCGCUUCCACCGGCGGUGAAUGUGUCCUCCACCUCCCCUCGGGGGCUGUGCUCUCCGUCCCCGCCGAAUACUGCUACACGCGGGGCCCCAUAUCCCCAGCCACGCACCCCGCCCUCUUUCCCGCGUCUCUGCUCCUUCCUGACGGCAGCUGGACCGGUCGCGCGCGACUUCGCAAGGGCCACGACGUCUCUGGACACGUCUUCAUGCUCACGAUGGCCGCACUCUUCCUUGUCGACCAGCUCCGGCUAUCGUUCGCGUCUGCACCUGCAGGCCGUCCCUCCGACUCACAGUGGUCGCCCGCGCAUCGGUGGUCCGUCGUGUUCGGCGGCGUUGUGACCCUGCUUUCUACGUUCGCUAUCUACACGACUAGUGUGUACUUCCACACACCGUCUGAGAAGUUCACCGGGUACAUCUUGGGCGUCGCAGGGUUUGCGCUCACUCAAUUACCUCACUACCUCAGCGCGCAGACGACCAACGUCACGCAAGAGAACCUGGCACGAAUCUCUGAGAAGGUCUCGUCAUAAUAUUUCUCAGACGUAUCCGCUUGGGGGUUUUCCGGACCUUCAGAUGCGUUCAUGUUGGACCCGUCUGUCGUUCUAGUUGUACUGUAACGUGGCUAAUGCUGUAAUGAUUUUGACGCAGUACUGCUGAUUUUAAUGUAUUUGAAGGGCGCCUGCUGGCGCGGAUCUUUGCUCGUCAACUCUGGCUUCGCCGCUCGCGUUGGCGCGAAGAUUUGACUGACCCAGGAUGGGGAGCCUUACUUCGGUGAUCCGAGGAAUCCGUUCGCCGACGGCGCCUGCGGUGUCUACCCUACUGCGUCGAGAUGGGCCCAGACACGAACGCGUCUCCCUCAGGUCGUCGAAGAAAUGCCAACACGUCUUCCGCUCGUGUACGUGGGCAUAGCCGCUGCGUGGAACUGCAACUGUCCCGUUCAUCAGAAUGCUAUUAAUAAAGGUCACUCUACC